AGAUAUUCUCUCAUUACCUGUUCGAGCCAUUCACGCACACCGAUGCUCAACUCGCCUAGCCCCGCGCCUCGCCACGUCCUCCACUACCUAUAUUGCUUGCAGGAAACAAUGUCCCUCAACUCUCUCACCGUGCCCUGGCCUCGCGUACCCAUCCCGGGCAACAUUGCAUCCGUACCCGCUCGCCUACAUCCUUCACCCAAGCAUAUCCCCCAUCAUGCAGUCAAGUGACGGCUUCAACCUCCCUGGGGGCCCUGGCUGAGCUACCUCUAGUGUCUAGUCGCCCUUCUCCAAUACCUGUGUGACCACUUUCAACUGGUUCUCGACUGAGAAUCCAUGGUCGGCCAUGGCCGUGGCUGGGUCCGGCGGGUAUGGUAGCGCCGUAACGCUGCCAUGCCAGACGGACGUAUGAUGCCGCUUUCUGCGCCGCUUUCUGCACUGCACUUCUUUCUUGCAUCCAAUCCCGCCUAGAUGGACCGACCAGAUCACUCUACCCCGGUUUUCUCAUCCGACCAGACUCCCAAAAGCUGGCGUUUCUUAAAACUCGUCUACCUCCAUCUUUCGCGUGUGCGACCAGCCAUCGUUUCUGUCCCUCUUCCACCUCCUUGCUUCACCAGUGUCCCUGACAGCCGUCCUGUCUGAUCAUCAAACAACCUUCAUGCGACGGGGGCAAUAGAGCACAGAUCCCUGACGAACAUCACGUACCAAAGACUCCACCACAACGCUUCACCAUCCCGACUACUGCCUCAUACCCCGUACCUCACCACGGUCUCCCGGCACUAGGAGAAUAACUCCCACAGAGCCUCAACGCAAAGAGCUUCAGCCUUCAGAUCCUACGAUAUCCUGGUCCACGAACAUCACACACCACGCCGUCACCGCUGUCCACAUUUCCUGCAACACUGACCAUCACUACCUCCACCAACACCACCACCAACAUCAUCGCCAACGCCAACCUGACCCCUGGCUUCGCCUCUUAGUUCUGCUGGCUGGUCUAUAGCAGAACCAAGACCCCUCGCGCAACAAGAAACGUCUCAAUGCCGCUCGGAUGCCCGCUGUCAUCAUAGAUCAGAUUGCUCGUACCUGGUUCUCUAGAGAACUCGCUCCAGCAUCGAGCCAGAAACACCCGACACUGAUACCCUGCCCAGCAAGCUAGCCCGGGGCCCAUUCUGAUACAAGCCUCAACCAGCUUUUCUGUGCGGCUCGGCGUCUUGCCCACUGGGCUGGACCAAGCCCACAUCGUCCUCCACCUCUCACACAGCCAGGCACACGCCAGCAUCCGCACACCCUGGUCUGGGUCUGCCACCUUCAGUCCAAGUCGUCUCAUCCAUCCCGACUCUCUCGUCUCAAUAUAGAUCUGUCGUCCUCCCCCGCCUCAUUGAUCGGUUGACACUUCUGGUCCUUCCUCUUGACCUUCUCUUCUUUCCUCGCCAGCGCUGCGCACUUGCCUGUCGAUAUCCUUCUUUUAAUAUCGACACUCUUCGGUUCGAACGCCUUCACUUCUUUCUUCAACCCGCAGGUCCGGUACCUAUUCCUUUCCUUUCGCCGUUGCACGGUUUGCCUUUCGACCUAGUCGCCUUUUACACCACUACCCGUUUUAUUCCACGAGAGGGCUCCGAUCUCGACGACCGCUUCCUUCGUUCCUUUCAUUCACUGGUUCAACGGGUUUAUUUGGGAAAAGAGGACGGACACAGCAGGGUCGCAAUACAGGUCACCAACGCAACAGGCAAAAAGAGGGAUCAAAGAUUUCACAAUACAACUGAGCAAUCAGAAAGAGAGAGGAAAAGAAGGCUCCACGAAAAGUCUACAACAUUAUUUAAUCGAGAAAGAUGGGUCGUCUUAUUAAGAACCAUUGGGCUCGGCUCAUCGUUAUGAGCGCGGCAGCUUACCAGUUUGCCGCUGCUCUCGAGGGCUUCUUCUGGCCCAAGAUCUUCUGGGACUUCUUGACCAAAACGCUGGAUCCAGCUGUCAAGCCCGUGCCGGUGUUACAAAUCAUCAAUCUCCUCAUGGCGCUGUUCAUGGUGGCCCUGGAGUGGCCUUUAGGAUUCAUCGCCGGCUCGGCAAUCCACCGCAGUCUCGAGUUCCGCCUCAUCAUCCUCCCUCUCACCACCCUCGCCGCCGCCCUCAUCUACCAGGGCACCAACUCUGCUCUCUACUACAUUGUCGGGUUGGUUGUUUACUUCUGGGCUUACAGCGAAGGAGAGAUCAUUUGCGCUAAGCCCUGGACCCUUCCUCAAAGAGGCCGCAAUGGCUCUCGCGUAUAGACUGCACUCGCCCCUCCUUCGCCACGGUUACAAUCGUCUCGACCUCGCACGGUACACUUAUCUACCUGUCAGAGAGACUCCCGUAUACCCCAUGGCGAGCAAGUCCAAGCAAACUCGGAAGAAUCGACGAAACCUCACCGUUCUUUCCCUGAGCUAUCAUGACAACUUGUUUACUACUUUUUCCUUUCAUGUUUAUAACGAUCCCAAUCGAUAUCACGGCAUCCAGCAUCGGCGUUCUUCCUGACGACAAAGGGUUACAUGAUUCUUCCUCAACUCUCGGUUACAGCGGCUCGAUAACGGUAUAACCUUAUUCAGCCUUUUUCCUCUUCAAGUCAUCUCAGCGUGGGCAUACUUUCUCGUGGCAGUUGUGGUGGUGGUGGUGUGGGUGGGUGGAUGCGGUCGUCGUUCGUCCUGUUUCGCAUCGGCUUACCAUGGACUUGCACACAGUGGGUGGCGCGUUGACCGGGGCAUGGGUCAGUUGGGGGCAGCCGCAGGACCAGAGACAGGAGACUCCUUGGCACCUCGCUUUUGGAGCAUGCAACCUCCCAUGUUCUGGAGGGUGGAUUGUAUCAUCCCGAAGCUCGGCUCAACAAUAUAUUGGGAUGCGGGGAUUCUGGUUCUCGGGGAUGGGAUGAGAAGAGAGAGAGAACGGACGCUGGAGAGAGAGAGAUUCUGCCAGGAAUAGCCGCCGCCCAAGAAAAACGCUGUCAAGAGACGUGGCCUUGGUCUAUAGAGACCGAAGCAACCAAUGCUACACCUAAUAUCAAGACAAGAAAUUUCCAAUG